CGUUUUGCGGCUCGCCACGAGGGGACGGCGGUUCGGCGCUUUCAUUGCAGUGCUCCUCUUGCGGGUUUUUGGUCUUAGAGUGUAUCGCGUUUUGUGUUUAUCUUGGUAUCGAUGGGCUCCCCCUCAGUGGUUUUCCGUGUCGGCUAGGGGCCGUGUCCGACUUUUGUGCCUUGCGGGCAGUUGUCUCAUCAGGUCCAGGGCGCAGAGCCUUUCGCGCGGGUUUUUGGAGUUUAUCAAGAGGACGCUACGUGGGAGUUGGGUGGAUCCCUUCUGGGGAAUUGCCUGUUGCUUGCUGCUGGAAUGUGGGGGGUUCGAGUGCUUGCUGUUCCCCGGUGGUAUCCUUUCUACAUUUUGCGGCUCGCCACGAGAGGGUGGUGGGCCGGCGCUUUUGAUGCAGUAUAUCUUGUGCGGGAUUUUGGCCUUAGAGUCCAUCGUGGUGCGUGUCUAUCUUGGUGUCUAUGCGUUUUCCCUCAGGGGUUUUUCCGUGUCGGCUAGCGGCCGUGUCCGGGUUUCCUCGACAUUCCAAAUGGUACUACAUCAGGCUGCAGUUGUUGUAAUUACGGAUGCACCUCGGUGCAUCAUUUUCGCGUAAGUGACGGAAAGGACGAGACUCCUAUGGAAAGGGCUAGCAGAUCCCUGGUAAGCUAAUGCAAGGCGGCACGACUGGACCCGCAAUUGAGGCGGGGGUCGUGCCAAGGUUGGUUUUUCUUUCGAUUGGCUGGACCCAGUCUAGGUUGACUGGGGGUCGAUGUAGGUUUGCCACGGCAAUGGCCUGAGUUGGCGGCGCGAC